AUGUUUCAGGAACCAUCUGCUGAAGAACAACCCAAGAAGAAAAAAGCAGCUGAUGUGUUAAAAUUCAAAGGGAAGAAGCAAUAUUCGAAACCAAAGUCCAAUAAGUUUAAGAAGACUAUCGAGCCAGUUAUCAAAGAAGAAGAUGAAGUUGUUAAAACUGAAUAUGAGGAGACGGAUACUGAAGUUCAAGAACCAAUUCAAGAUACAUUUUAUGAUCACAGAGGAAAUGUUGAUGAUGUUGAUCAAAUGAUGCAUGACAAUCCUUCUGUUUCACCACGAAGGGAUGCCUCUAUCAAGUCGAAUAUCGAGGAGACAAACAACCUGGAUGUCACCGUGAACACAGAUAAUGUGGAAGAAACAUCAAGAAAAGUGAAACACCUUUGA